CGCUCUUGUCCAAGCCCCGCCCACCGCUGGACUUUCUCGACACGUAACGAAACGCGGCUACGUGAUCUCCCAGCAAACACGCAAGCCCCGCCUCCGCGUGCCGACGUCACCACGCCCUAUAUAAGCGCCCGCCGUCACUCACAACGGCAUUUCUAUUUACGGCACAGAAGAAUGAGAUUCGUUAAACACAACCCGAGCGUGAGAUGUUUGUGAACAACGCGACCAUGGAGUAUAUGUCUGAACUGAAGUCGUCUUAUUGCUCAAACAGCGUUUUUGAGUACGCUAGUACCUCCACCGUUGGAAAACCAAACCCUCGCUGGAGCGACUGCCAAGCGACAGGCUGACCAAACUCACAAAGUUUGAUUAUGCUGCCGUAUCAGUGCGGUUUGCAUCUGUUCAUGCAAUCCAAGAGGAGUCCUGAGCUCUCGUCUGGAUCACCUGCAGCGCAUGAAGAUCUACCUCUCAGUCAUUAUCACCGAACGUCCGUCAUGAAGAUCAGAGUCUGUCUGUGGCCGGUCAUCCGGAGGGUCCUGUACUUCUGCGCGAGUGUGAUUUGCUCCAAGAUUUGUUUCUUCAUCUGUGUGGGGAAAAACAUGACCGGCGAGUCGAAGAAGAGCGGCGUGGAGGCCUUGGAGAGGCCUGGAGGCGAGAUCGGGGAUGCAGCUUCAGAAAUGAAGGAUCCGGAGGUUAUUAUGGAGCUCGAGUCUGCUGAUGAAGAGCGGGAAUCGUCAGCGAUUGAUUGGGAUGAAGAGGAAGAUGAAGAUGAAGCCAGGCUCUCAGAAUGGGAGUCUGAUGAAGAAACCAAAGAUGAGGAGGACUGUGAGACCGAGGAUGAGGACUCUGAAUGGUCUGAUGAGGAUGAAGGUGACUCUGAGGCUUCAGCAGAGAGUCUUGAGCUUUGGGAAUCGUUUCUCAACAGCGGUGACCCCUACAACCCUCUGAGCUUCUGCUCGUCCAUCGGCUCCAGAACAAACACGGAGCAAUGCUCACAGAUCAAAACUCAACCUAAACCUGAAACAAGACCAGAAGAAUGCGAGCCAAAACCAAAGGAGAAGGUAAAGAAGGUGUGUUUCAGUGAUAAGGUGACUGUGUGUCCCCUGGUGGCGUGGAGUUUCGCGAGCCGGGCAGCAAGGGACGGCUCUUGUUGGAUGCAGAUGGCCAGAGACCGAGAGCGAUUCAGAAGAAGAGCGGAGAGCAUCGAGACGCUCCUUAAGCCCUGCCUGACGGCUGACCACCGAGCCGGCGUGUGGGAGAGACUUCAGAGAAAAACAUCCUCUUAAUACAUCACCAUCCAGCUUAAUGUAGUAUCAUCAUAAUGUAGCAGCAGUUGAACUAGAUGCUGGUUUUAGUCGUGAAAUCCAAAUGUUUUUUUUUUUUUUUUUUUUGUGUAAUUUAUAUUGUUAUAACAUUGUGGUGCACUUUAUUUCUAUGUCUUUGACUUUAUUGAUGUUUAAUUUUAUGUUCUGCACAUGUAUCAUUUUAUUGUACUACAAAACAUGGUUAUUCUGACACAGACUGAAUAUUUUAUAUGGCAGCUGAAAAAUA